AUGGAGGACCCUAAUGUUCACCUUAGAGAGUUUCUCGAUAUCUGCAGAUUGCAAUCAAUCAAUCAUCUUACUCCAGAAGGCUUAAAGUUGCUUUUAUUUCCUUUUACUCUUAAAGAUGAUGCUAAGCGUUGGUUGUAUUCUUUGCCUGCAGGAAUCAUCACCAAUUGGAAUGAGAUGACCUCGAAGUUCUUGAAACAAUUCUUCCCUGCGCAACUCACGAAGAAGCUAAGGAGGGAGAUUCAGAACUUCACUCAAAAGGACGGUGACACUCUCUAUGAGGCAUGGGAAGAGUUUCAGGAACUUCAGAGGAAGUGCCCUCAUCAUGGAAUUACUUUGGACGAGUUAGUUCAAGCUUUUUAUGAGGGACUUGACAACACCAACAAGGGGCAACAGAACUUAACAUCUGCAACUCAAGCUUUAGUGACAGGUCAACAGGCUAAUUCUAAAGAGAUCACGGAGCUCAAGAAGCAGAUGGGGCAAGUUAUCGAUUUCAUGGGUAAAAUCCAUGAAAGUGGUAAGUUGCCGGGCCAAACCUUGCCAAACCCGAAUGCCGGACAAUUCAAGAUCGUUGCAACUAGGAGUGGUCGAGUUUUUGAGGAGCCUUUGUUGAAGAAGUCGGAGCCUUCUAAGGACGGUGAGGCCGAGAGCAUAUUGAUGCAAGAUGACGAAGAUAUUGAAGAGGUUUAUGCCGAGAAGCAGCCGGACAAAGAGGCCGUGCCUCAGUCCGAGAGAAAGAGUGACCAUACGGCAGUUCAUGCCGAGAAGAAGAAGGUGCACGAGGCCGAGCCUCUUGCAGUCCCUGCUGAUCCAAAAUCCACUCAAGCCGUGCUUGAGAAAGGUAAGUCUUCUAGCUCUAAUGGUUUAGUUUCUACUAAUGUCCAUGCUCGUGCCCCUUUCCCCAACAGGUUUGCUAAAUCAAAGCACGAUGAAGCUGAUCAUGCAAUGAUUGAGUUAUUCAAGAAUGUGGAAGUAAACAUGCCAUUGCUUGAGUGCAUUCAACAAAAUCCAAAGUAUGCGAAAUUCUUGAAAGAGUUGUGCACCAACAAGAGGCUACCACGAGAGAAGGAUGUAGUGGUAAUGAAUGAAACCAUCUCUGCGGUUUUUCAAAGGAAACUACCACCUAAGCUCAAGGAUCCAGGGAGUUUUUCGAUUCCAUGCACCAUUGGUACUCAUAGUUUUGAUAAGAUCAUGUUAGAUCUAGGUGCUUCGAUUAAUGUUAUGCCUUCUUAUCUUUAUGCGGACUUAGGUCUAGGUGAUUUGAAAAAUGAUGACAUUAUUAUUAGAUUGGCUGACCGCUCCAACAAGAAGGUAAGCUGCGGUGUUCGACCCUUUAUCAUUAAUAUAAUCCUACCCAAGGGGGCAUAUUACUUGCACGAUCUCGACGGGAUCCUCCACCGCAAUCUCAUCAACGACCGAUACUUAAAGAAGCAUAUUGUCGGCGAUUGGGAGCGAGAGGAUCCCUCACCCACGUCAACAGUUCAUAGUGCUACGCGUCAUCGCGUCAUUGCUCCAUCGCCUAGCACUAGGGGGCAACUCGGGAUAGAAGACUAA